AUGUCUGCCGCCGCGGCGCCCCGGGCGAGGCAGAGCGGCGGCAGCCCCCGCGGCGCGCGGAGCGCCCCGGGCACACGGACCUUCGCCACGACGUACGGCAGCUUCCUCGGCGAGGGGCAGGGAGAGCGGCGCAGGCACGAGCUCCUGGAUGGCGUCGCGUUGCCAUGGCCGGACCCGCCUCCACAGCAGCAGAGGAGCACCGGCGCGGGCAGCGAGGCGACGGGCGCCAUCGCCGCCGGCUUCGCCUCGAGUGGCCCGCCGCAGGGCGGCCGCCCGCGCAAGCCCGGCGGGGCGCUGGCGGAUCCUUGCGGCGGUCUCCUGCGGCUCGGCGAGCUCCACCGGCGGCCGCUGCACCCAGUCGCGCCGCCCACCGCGGGCGCCGAGGGGCGCGGCCACACCCCGCGCAGUGGCUUCUGCUGCGCCCGCUCGCCCCAGGGUGGGGACGCGGCCCUGGACGCCGGGGCGCUGCUCGGCGGCGGCUGGAACGGCGUCUGGAGGCGGCCAGAUCCGUAG